CGGCAAAGCAGCACGCAUGGCACCCAGUAGCACCAAAUGUUCUCUUUCAAACCGAGGGCCUUCCCUCCUGCUGCUGGCUCUGGCUUUGACUGUGACCUUUUCUCUCACAGAGAGUGAUAAAACCAUUCAACUCAGUGGGGAGGUUGGUGGAAAUGUGACCUUUCAAUGCCCCGUUGAUGAUAAAAGGACAAUUAGUUUAUUCUAUGUUCAACGUCAUGAAGAGUUCGUGAACGGCUACUAUGGAGAAAGAGACAUGGAUUUGCACAAAUGGCAGAACACAAGACUGGAUCGCAAAAGGACACAUGUGCACAUGUACAGGUUGAACAUCUCGCACACUGGGAUGUAUACAUGCCUCAUUCAGUACAAUAAUGAUCAGGUCAUCAAGGCUAGUUCCAUCCAACUCAAUGUCACAGCCUCCUACAGCAAACCCAAUGUGACACAGUCCUGUGAUGCUGCCGGUUGUUCGGUGACAUGUGCUUUCUACGGCGGGUACCCAGGCAACAACGUGACGUGGAAAAUACAUGGGUCUAGAAAUAACCACAGUCAGCUGUUGAACGUUGUAAACAACACUCAGGUGCCCAGUCCAAGCACGAUGUUGGUCAGCAGCACCAGCACUGUGUACUUCAACUGCUCCCACAGAGAGAUCAGGAAUCUCAGCUGCUCUGUGGGCAACGUUACCUCUGACUGGUUCCCAGUGUGUGAUCGUAAACCAGAGGUUGAGCCUAACUCUCACAAUCCUAUCAUAAUAGUAGUUGCUGUCUGUGCAGUGUUACUCUCACUGUCGGUAGGAGCUGCACUGUGGUGUCGACACAAGAAAAGACAAACAGAUCGGGAAAAAAAAGAAAAUGAGGAGGAGUCAAAAAACCUGCAAGUAUUAGAGAAAUGACCAUUUUGAGUUUGUUUGGGUCUUCGAUUGAAGGAUGAAGAAGUUUACGGAGCAAAGACGUCAUCUCAGAAUCUAAUGCUGGGACUCUGUGUCACUGAAAUUUUCAUUCACAUUUGUGACUGAUUGUCUACGCACCAGCCAGAAAUGACCAGUGGCUACUAGGCUGUGGCUGAAGGGAACUGGACCAGGGAACUAUUCAUAAGUAGUGUCAUUUCACAGUGUGUUAUUCAACUUAUAAUAGCUAUGUUCCCAAAAAAGACUUUUAUGAUGUGUAUGUGGUGAGUCGUUGAAGGAUACACUUCCCAGCAAUGUAAGCAGUUAAACUUAAAGCAGUAGAGAGUUUGUAUAAGGUCUGUUUGAAUGUUACACUGACAUCUUUUUAUUUAUUUUAUUAUUUUCAGGGUAUAGAAUUGUUUCUACAGCACUUUAAAAUCCCUUUCCUUUCCCCCUUUUAAAUAGGAUUUUUUAUUUAAUGUUGUCAGUAGAAAUGUUACUCCUGCUAAGCUAUCAAUAACCUCAUUUGUAUUUUACUCUUUAAUUUGCUUUGUCCUUCAGAAAUGAUUUGUAGCAAAACCUGGGGAACAAAUGUAUUAAAUUUGAAAACUCGUUGCACAUUAAUUUAUUUUCUGCAUUUUCAGUUUAAAGUUUUCAAUGGUGCAGUAAAUGCUAAAUGGUUAGUAUUAUAGCUUUUUUUCUAGUCUUGAUGACCACUCAAAGCGCAGGACAUUCAAGUAUUGGAGAAUUCCUAUUUAAUGUGCAAUGUUGAAUAUAAAUUAAAUUACCGUAGCCCUCAUUAUUUAAAUAACGGUAUAUUUCAAAACUCAACUAUUUUUCUCAGCCGAUUGUUUUCAUGUGAUUAAUUUAAUUUAAUAUUGAAGAAAAAAGUACAGAUACCAUUUUUGUUAUUCCUCCUUCCUACAAAGUACUGACUGGUCUCAAAUGGUUGCUCUCAUUUCUCAAAUCUGUACGAAACACUUUUCUCUGGAGGCUGUUGUAACUUUGUUUUGUUUUGUUUGGCAUUAUAUUGA